CUGCCCUGUUUAUAUAGAGCCAUUGCCGCUCUCUAAUAUAGACUCUGCCAGGAUGGGAAGGUGCUUUUCAGGCCUACGUCACCGCCUCUCCAUUUAAACACUAGAUCCGGCUUUAAAUAGUGAGAGCUGCUGAGAGCGGGGCUGGGAGGUGCGUGCUCCCGAGGCGAGAGGCAGGAGCGUGCAGAGCUCAGUUUAUUUCUAGGUCCUUUCCUUACGCUGUAAUUUCGCACCCAACAGGGCAGCUUUCAGAGUCCCAAGUUUUUUGUUGUUGUUUUGGUGCAGCAGCUAGGGUUUCCUGUCUUUGUUAGGGGAAAAUAGAAUUGCUGUACCUUCCUUUUAUUUUUAUUUUUGCUUUUAAACAGAAUUGUGGCUCAGCUGUCUAAUCGUUUUUGUAUUGGAAAAUGCGUUAUUGUCGGGAAUUUAAAAAAAAAAAUGCUUCCUACAUGAACUGUUAGCUGCAGGGUAUACUUGACUUUGGUAGUGUUCUGUUCUUCAAGUAUUCAGAAAAUAUGUUAGAAAUAAAGCUUCUAAUAUGCCGUUGUUUUUCUAUAUUAAAUGGAGACACGAAGCUUUUUGAAGAAAUAAAGUGUCUAAAGCCUCAACAUAGGACCUUAUGUACACAGUACAUUUAUGUAUAGGCGAAUUGUGAGUAAUGAGAAUAUAAGGAGGCUUAGUGCAAACUGGAUCUCAAAAAAAUUCCUAAAUUGUACAGAUCUGUGAUUGAAGAUGUUAUUAAUGAUGUGAGAGACAUCUUUUUGGAUGAUGGAGUUGAUGAACAAGUUCUUAUGGAACUAAAAACUUUGUGGGAGAAUAAACUAAUGCAGUCUAGGGCAGUAGAUGGAUUUCAUUCGGAAGAGCAGCAGCUUUUAUUGCAAGUUCAGCAGCAGCAUCAACCCCAGCAACAGCAACAUCACCACCACCACCACCAUCAGCAAACUCAGCCACAGCAGACGGUACCUCAGCAGGCGCAGACCCAGCAGGUCCUUAUUCCUGCAUCACAGCAAGCUGCUGCACCACAAGUUAUAGUUCCUGAUUCUAAGCUGAUACAGCAUAUGAAUGCGUCAAACAUGAGCGCUGCUGCUACAGCUGCUACCUUGGCACUCCCUGCAGGUGUGACGCCGGUUCAGCAGAUACUAACAAAUUCAGGCCAGCUUCUUCAAGUAGUCAGAGCAGCCAAUGGUGCCCAGUAUAUCUUCCAGCCUCAGCAGUCAGUGGUUCUCCAACAACAAGUUAUACCACAAAUGCAGCCUGGUGGAGUGCAAGCUCCUGUUAUACAACAGGUACUGGCCCCUCUUCCUGGAGGGAUUUCACCACAGACGGGUGUCAUCAUUCAGCCACAACAAAUCUUAUUUACAGGAAAUAAGACUCAAGUUAUACCUACAACGGUGGCUGCACCUACCCCGGCGCAAGCACAGAUAACUGCAGCUGGCCAGCAGCAACCACAGGCCCAGCCUGCUCAAGCACAAGCCCCACUGGUGUUACAGGUUGAUGGAACCGGGGAUACGUCAUCUGAAGAAGAUGAAGAUGAAGAAGAAGACUAUGAUGAUGAUGAAGAGGAAGACAAAGAGAAAGAUGGAGCUGAGGAUGGGCAGGUAGAAGAAGAGCCCCUCAACAGUGAAGAUGAUGUGAGUGAUGAGGAAGGACAGGAACUCUUUGAUACAGAAAAUGUUGUUGUAUGCCAAUAUGAUAAGAUACACAGAAGUAAAAACAAAUGGAAAUUUCACCUCAAGGAUGGUAUUAUGAAUCUUAAUGGAAGAGAUUAUAUAUUUUCCAAAGCCAUUGGAGAUGCAGAAUGGUGAAGAGUUGGUUCUUUUCUUUUAUAAAUAAAACAAACUUAAAAAAAAUUUAAAGUGGACAGUUUGAAACUUGGGACAUACACCAACCAAAACUUAAUUUCUGCAUGUCAGAAAAGUGCAGUAGAAUCAAAGCUACUGGAACAAAGAGACCUUGACAACAGACACUACUAACUGGCAAGCCAUGGAACUGUAGCACCUGGGGUUGUUGGGGUGGGGGAGGUUGGGGUUUUGGAAAACCAUAAUUGUUGAUUUUAAAUACAGGUACCUGCCACCAGUAAUUAGCAUGUAAAGCUUUGUCUAUAUUCCUUCCUCCAACUUGGGUUCAAUCAGAAGAUACUUGUUGGAACGAACUGAAGAAAAUUCCCUUUUGAUAGAUUGAACUGAAACUGCUUAUUGUAUGUGGUUAUAUUUGGUAAAAAUUGCGUGUGAGCUUUUUACAAAAGGGUAAGAAUUGUGUUGAAUUUUAAUUCACUUCUAUAAGGAAACAAUUUAGAACUCUCGUUGUAGGUCUUAAAUAUUUUUACUAGCUAUUCUCCCUCAGUAAUAUAUACCUCUUCCUUCCCUGCUUUAUGAAAUAUCUGUUUAAGAGUUAAAGGAAGUAAUCAGUGAACACAGUUUGGAGGCAAAAUUUGACCCAGGAAUGAUUAUUUUAAUUAGGUUUUCAUACUUACUAAAUGUAACUUGGGCCUCAUUGAGUUGAACAGAAUUAAAAUGGCAGCUUUGGUUUCCUUACAGAAAAAUACUUGUUUCUUUUAGUCCCAUACCUUAUAAAGAAACCCCAGAGUGCCUCCUCAGGAAUACAGUUUUAUUUCACAGAGGUACCAUCUAGCUGAAAUUACAUACAUAAGAAUAGAUAUAGAUUUUUUCCUGUUGGGCUGAAGUAUAUGCUUAUACAUAUGUUUAAUCUUUAAGCGAAACAGACAUUUAGAUAACAUUCUGUGCAUUGACUGAAGCAUUGGGCAGGUAGUGAGGACCUGGAUUUUUUUUAAACAGUUUAGUAAUUAUAAAAGUUUCUUGUGUUUACUAGUAAAGAAUUUAAAAACUGUUCUAAUUGAACAAAUUUUUUUAAUUGCAACUUUGUAAUUUGAGGGAGAAAUUUAGGGGUUAGAGGGGGUUGGGCCACUAAGUACAUAUUUACCUCUCUUUCAUUUGGUGGCCCUUCCAGGCCAUUGAUAAUGUAGACAUGGGCUCCAGUUUGCACAUCGAGAAGAAAGCAUAGAAAAUUUGACUUGUAUAUUAAGAAUAAUAGAAAUGUAAUAUGUAUAUUAAGAAUGCACAGCUCUGUAUUCUAUAAGGGGCUCUAAAGAACAAUAUGGCAAUGCUAUGUUCUGUGUGAACUAGUUGCCUGGGAGAACUGUAGGAACAUUUGUCUUCAUCUAUGUUUUCUUACAACUAAUUCUUUUUCAUGGUCUAUCUUGACAAAAUUCACAUGGUUUAAGUUACUUGUAUAUUGAUUUUUUUUUUAAGUCUUCCAUUUUUGUCUUCUUUUUAUUUGCCUUUGUGUGUUUCCAGAAAUAACAUAUUAACACUUUACAUUGCAAAGAAAAACUGUGAGCUAUUAUAUGUUUUUUUAACACAAAUCUAAAAAGGCUAAUCAAUUCUUUUUUUUUUUUUUUUGCCUACUUCCCACCCCACGUACCAACUUGGUCCCUUUAACUUAUGUUCUGAACUUUGGUGUAAAUGAUGGUUUCUAGCAUGCUAGUAGUUAGGUUCUAUUCAGAUACCAUUAACUGGUAAUACGGUUUUAAUUUUUACUAUAUUAAUUUAGUUUUUUUGGAGGGGAGGUUUAUUUGUUUACCCCACUACUCUCAAAGCACACACAGGUUUUUCUGUUUGUUUUUGUUAAUGAAUCUGGGAGAAGAGAAGGGAGGGAGUGAAAUCAAGGAAGUCCUGUUGUUCAGUUGUCCUUCAGUAUAGUUGCUAAUAGGUUUAUAUUUACCCAGUGAAGAAGUCAACGACCUGAACUACCUAUAAAAGUUUAGCAGUGCUGCAAUGUUGAUUGAACCCCUUUGGCUAUAUCGUAGUUCUUCUGCUACUGAACCUUGGAUUACUAUAGGAUAUACAGUUCGUGUUUUGGGCCCUCUAUGUAGACAAACAUUUGUAUUCAUAGUAGAAUUGUAUACUGGCCUGUUUUUAUAAUGUUAUUUUCAAAUAUGAACAACCACCGCUUUCAGAGUGACUCACUAGGGUUAUUUUGAAGCAGGAAAUAACCAUUUGUAUUUGCACCUGUGUAUUGCAUAUUAAUUAUGGCAUACUUGGCAAAUGCUUUUCUUUUACCUGUUAAAAUUCUGAAAGCCGGUCCAAACAACACUGCAUACCAAAUUGUGCUCUUAUGUAUUACUGCAUCGUGUUC